UCCGCAUGGAGCGGGAAUAGCUUGAGGAGUGGGCGGAAACCCCUCCUGAUGCGUUAGUUCCCAGGUGGAGCUGCAUGUGAUAUAUGUUGGGUAAAGGAGGAAAACGGAAGUUUGAUGAGCAUGAAGAUGGGCUGGAAGGCAAAAUCGUGUCUCCCUCUGACGGUCCAUCCAAGGUGUCUUACACCUUACAGCGCCAGACUAUCUUCAACAUUUCCCUUAUGAAACUCUAUAACCACAGGCCGCUGACAGAGCCCAGCUUGCAAAAGACUGUUUUGAUUAAUAACAUGUUGAGGCGGAUCCAGGAGGAACUCAAACAGGAAGGCAGCCUGAGGCCCGUGUUCCCCCCCAACUCCCAGGCCACCGACUCUCUGAGCGACAGCUACCGGGAGGCCCCACCCGCCUUCAGCCACCUCACGUCCCCUCCAGCGCACCCCUGCGACCUCGGAAGCACUACACCCCUGGAGGCCUGCCUCACCCCGGCCUCGCUGCUCGAGGACGACGAUGACACUUUUUGCACUUCCCAGGCCGUGCAGCCCGCGGCUCUUACCAAACUCUCACCUCCAGCCCUCCCGCCGGAAAAGGACAGUUUCUCCUCCGCCUUGGACGAGAUCGAGGAGCUCUGUCCCACAUCUACCUCCACCGAGGCCGCAGCAGCAGCGACUGACAGUUCGAAAGGAGUCCCCAGCCAGUCCAGCACCCAGAAACCCGAGGGGCCCCCAGACGGCCGCACGGAUGACUCGAAACUCAUUGACUCUCUGCCUGGGAAUUUUGAAAUAACAACGUCCACAGGGUUCCUGACAGACUUGACCCUGGACGACAUCCUGUUCGCAGACAUUGAUACGUCCAUGUAUGAUUUUGACCCCUGCACAUCCUCGUCAGGGACAGCCUCAAAAAUGGCCCCUGUGUCAGCCGACGACCUCCUCAAGACUCUGGCCCCUUACAGCAGUCAGCCCGUCACCCCCAGUCAGCCUUUCAAAAUGGACCUCACUGAGCUGGACCACAUCAUGGAGGUGCUCGUGGGGUCCUAGACCCACGGACCCUGCGACUCUGCCCCCCGGCCCCUGCAAGCGUGCCCACACCCUGACAACUCUCCGCACUGUGCAUGCAGCCUUGCUUGCCUUUUUCAGAGAAAAAGAAAAAUUUCCAAAAGAAUCACACUAGUUUUUGCUUUGAGCAGAGUUGGAGUGCCUUCAUCCAAGUAUGACCACUUUUAAUACGUUUUUUUUUGAGUGGUUCCUCAGAGACCUACCCUGUAAUAGGAAAGGAUACAUUUGAAGACAAUGUUGCUAUGUUGAAUGACAAAAAUAAACAGUUCAAGUGAAGCACAA